GAAUGGAAGAAACAUUUUAGUGAGAUUAAAAAAUAUCUUUAAUUUAUUAUCAUUCUCUUUUUCAUAUUUGAUUUCUUAGUUGUCUGAUUGAUCUACUUUUCCUCACAUGCUCUGCAUUCUAUGACGUAAUGUCAUUCUAUUUCUGCCCUAUAUGAUAACUGCAGAAUAUAUAAUGUCUUUUUUAGAUAGCAUCCUUCUACUAAUCUCACACCUAAAAUGAUGCCAUCCUCAAUAGCCUUGUCUUCCCUUUAAUAACAGCCCUUAUUUAUUCGCCCGACCCUUAGCUGAGUUAAACUCUUUCAAUAUAAUAUAUCUUUUUCUGCCCAAUCUUGCUUUCUCCAGAUAUAUAACUCGAUAACUAAAUACAAUCGGUUCACUUAUCUUUUUCUGCCCAAUCUUGCUUUCUCCAGAUAUAUAACUCGAUAACUAAAUACAAUCAGUUCACUUAAUCACUUGCACGACUAUCCUCGCUCUGCAAUGACCAUCAAUUCUCGUUCGGUUUUUAUGCUUUUAAUAUGGGUUUUAUACAUAACCCUUCUGCACCGCUAUUACGGUGUACAACAUGGAGAAGCUGCUUCAGCAACAAUAACAGACCCACAAGAAGUUGAAGCACUGAAAGCUAUAAAAUACAAAAUGAGAAAUAGGAAGUGGGCGUUCAGUGAGGAUCCUUGCAGUGGAAAGGGAAGCUGGAAUGUCAGCCAGGAUUAUGAAACCCAAAAUGAGGUGGUCUGUGAGAUGUAUACGACAGGGGAGAUCGUUUUUCCAUGUUACCCGGAUAUAUCUGAAAAGCCAGAACCUGACUGGAGUUGUGCCAGCGGAGCUAGCCAAUCUCACAUACCUUGAGGAAAUGUCACUUGGCAUGAAUCAUCUAUCAGGUCAUAUUCCAAAAGAACUUGGGAACCUCAUAUAUUUACAAAAAAUGGAUUUAUUUUCAAAUGAGCUAUAUGGGCAGCUACCAAAGUCGCUUGUAAAUUUGACACGCCUUAAAAUGUUGUAUAUUGAAAGUAAUCAAUUACAUGGGAAGAUGCCUCAAAUAUAUGGACACUUUCAUGGAUUGGAACAUUUUGUAGCAAGUAGUAACAAUUUUAGUGGUAAAAUACCAGAUUUUAUUGGCAAUUGGAGAAACCUUACAAUUUUGAGACUUGAAGCUACUUCUUUAGAAGGUCCAAUUCCUUCAACCUUUUCAAAUUUGAUUCAACUAGAAGACUUGAGGAUAUCUUAUUUGAUUGGAGGUGGAUCAAAUUUGUCAUUUAUGCAAAAUUUAACAAAACUAACAACAAUAGUGCUAAGAAGUGCCUUAAUUUAUGGAGAAAUUCCGCAGUAUCUUGGACAUUCCAUCAAACCAAAGAUAUUGGAUUUGAGAUUCAAUAAUUUGACUGGAUCGAUUCCAAAGGCAUUAGAAAAUAUGCCAGAGAAGCGUCUAAAGAUAGAAUAUUUGUAUCUUGGAAAUAACAAUUUAUCUGGAAUAUUGCAAGAAUGGUUAAGCACAAUUAAUAAUGUAGACCUAUCAUACAAUUACUUUUCAGGAGAGUUGAAUGCUUCCUGGAUAAAAAAUGAAGUACAAAUGAAUUUGAUACAAAACUCAUUUAACAGCAAUAUUUCUAAUGGAAGAGAUCAAGCUUACCUUCAAAGAGGAUUCACGUGCCAAGCUCCACAAUACACUUCUGUGGCCAUUAAUUGUGGAGGUAAUCCAUGGGGUACUUACGAGGGGGAUACCAAUCCAUUAGGCCCUUCCUCUUACUUUUCAAGCUCUGAUGGCAAAUGGGCAGUCAGUAAUACAGGAUUAUUUAUGGAUGCUGAAGACCAUAAAUGGAUAGUGGCAGGUGAUAACUCUGAAAUUGAUAAAGGAACAAACACAGAAAUGUAUGGAACAGCACGUUGUGCUCCUAGCUCCUUGAGAUACUAUGCAUUGUGCCUUCAAAAUGGAGAAUAUAAUGUACAACUCUACUUUGCUGAGAUAGUAAUAUCCAACGGAGUGACAUUUGCUAGUCUAGGGAGGCGCGUCUUUGAUGUUUAUCUUCAGGGAACUAGAAGAUUGAAAGAUUUUAACAUCAAAGAUGCUGCUGGAGGCUCAUCAUAUAAGGGAGUAAUCAGAAAUUUCAUUGUAAAUGUGACUGAGAACUUUUUGGAGAUCCACUUCUUUUGGGCUGGAAAGGGAACAUUUGACAUACCAGUCAAGGGGACAUAUGGACCUCUGGUAUCAGCGAUCAAAAUCAGUCCAAACUUCGAAAUCAACACCACGAGCAAUGAUAGAAAUGAAAGCAACAAAACUAUGAUUAUCGGCAUAGUUUCUGGGGCAGUAAUUUCUUUAGGCUUCACACUGUGCUUGUCAUUCGUCUUUAUUAGAAAAAGAAAUAGAAGGAAGAGAAAAUCCUUAGCAGCUAAUGAUGACACAGAAUUGACAGACAUAAUUUCAAGUACAUUCAGCCUAGAGGUGAUUAAAAAUGCCACAAAUGAUUUCAACCCUGAGAAUAAGAUUGGAGAAGGAGGAUUCGGUGCUGUUUUCAAGGGAACUCUUCUAGACGGAAAAAUGAUUGCAGUCAAGCAGAUGUUUCCCAAGGCAAGACGAGGCAUUCGAGACUUUCUUAAUGAAGUGGGUACAAUAUCUGCAAUGCAGCAUCCCAAUCUCGUGGAAUUGUAUGGUUUUUGCGUAGAGGGAAAACAGCUGCUCUUGGUCUAUGAAUACAUGGAGAACAACAGUUUAGCUCGCUGUUUGUUUGGUCCUCAAGAAUGUAGACUCAAUCUUGACUGGCCUCGACGGUACAACAUUUGCCUUGGGAUUGCACAUGGCCUGGCAUACUUGCAUGAGGGAUCUAGACUGAGAAUUAUUCAUCGAGAUAUCAAAACAAUGAACAUUCUCUUCGAUCAAGAUUUGAAUCCAAAAAUCUCCGACUUUGGAUUAGCCAAGUUAUUUGACCAAGAUAAAACUCAUGUCACCACCAGACUGGCAGGAACAAUGGGAUAUAUGGCUCCCGAAUAUGCCUUGAAAGGUCAUCUCACCGAGAAGGCGGAUGUCUACAGUUUUGGAGUGGUAGUCCUUGAAGUUGUAAGUGGCAGAUCUCGCAUAGACAAGAAAUUGCGGGAAGAGAUGGUUUAUCUGUUGGAAUGGAGUUGGCAUUUGUAUGAGAAGAAAAUGUUGCUGGAUUUGUUGGAUGUGAAUCUCAAAAACUCAGGCUACUCCAAAAAAGAAGUUUUAAGAGUGAUCAACGUGGGUUUGCUAUGCACCCACGAAUCCCCUUUGCAACGACCUUCAAUGUCCACAGUUGUUGGAAUGCUGGAAGGGAAAAUUGAAUCGCCCGUUUCACAUUCUCGACCAUCAUACAUAUUGGGAUGACAAACCUAUAUAUACACAGAAGAGAAGCCAUUGUCACACAAAGAAAGCUUUUGCUUGGAAGGACCAUCCAACGACAGUUUCUCUACCUAAGCAGGCUCUGCUAAUAAGAACCAAACGAAGGGACGAUGACAGCAAGAAUUACCUUAUAUUACAGAGUAUCUUCUGAUUUCAAUAAAUUUCACUCCCUGCUUCCCUUGAUCACAAUAUGGAUGAUAAUGCUAUGGUGAUGUCUGGGUUACUUCUAACACACAACAUAUAAGUAUGAAAAUAUUGAGCAUUAUAUAUUUAAGUACUUCUUAAGAAAAACAUGCAUCGAUAUUAGCACAUACUUAACAAAUUGAAACGACAAUUAAGUAGAGAUGUCGCUUGUAAAUGAAUUUAUCCAUCCUCGGAUUAAAGGAAGAAGAGAUUGUGCUCA